CGAUCGUUAUACUUUGCUGCCGAGGCCACUUCUUUAUUAAUCCCUGCCUCCAGUUUUUUUUAGAGAGAGAAAGCUCACGGGAGAGACAGAGAGAGAGAGAGAGAGAGAGAGAGAGCAUCAACUGUUGUCUCUGAGAUCUUAAGAUCCCAACGCAACCAGAAGGAGAUGGGGAGAAAUGGGAAGUGGCUAGUUGCUGUUAAGAGAGUGUUCAGCCCUGAAUCGAAGGAAAAGAAAGCACAGAAGAAGAAGAAGAAAUCUAAGAAGAGAUGGGGGUUUGGUAAAUGCAACGACUUUGAUCCAGAUUCGUCAGAUGAUGCUCCUGUUCCUCAGGAGCAGAGAAAGCUAUCUGGUUCUGAGAAUGAUCAGAGCAAGCAUGCAUAUUCAGUGGCUCUUGCUUCUGCAGUCGCAGCGGAGGCUGCUCAAGUUGCAGCCCAGGCUGCUGCUGAGGUUGUUCGCCUCACAAAAUCAGCGAGGUUCACGGGGAGAUCGAAGGAAGAGGUUGCUGCUAUUAAGAUCCAGACUGCUUUCAGAGGUUACAUGGCGAGGAGGGCAUUGCGGGCUUUGAGAGGACUAGUUAGACUUAAGGCAUUGACAAACAGCAAUGCUGUCAAGUGCCAAGCUGCCGCCACUUUACGUUGUAUGCAGACACUGGCGAGAGUUCAAGCACAGGUCCGUUCAAGGAGAAUCAGAAUGUCAGAGGAAAACCUGGCUCUUCAGAGACAGCUGCAAUUAAAGCAUGAAAGAGAACUCGAGAAAUUGCGGAUGUCGGAGGAAUGGGACGACAGUCUUCAAUCCAAAGAACAAAUCGAAACCCAUCUACAGAACAAGCAAGAGGCAUUCUCUCACCAGUGGAAGGCCUCUUCAAGAUCAGCAAAUCCUACAUUCUUGGAUCCGAACAACCCUGAAUGGGGCUGGAGCUGGAUGGAGCGCUGGAUGGCUGCUCGGCCAUGGGAAAGUUUAAACACUACUGAACAAGGAAAAUCUCCCUCGACUCCUCCCACCAAAAAGCCCUCCAUGGCCAGAAAAAUUAGGUCAGCCAGCCCAAGAAAAGGUUGGGCCCAUGUAGAUAGCAUGAGCGUGCAGUCCGAGCGUGCGAGGCGACAUAGCAUGGGUGGUGGGUCAUCUCUCUCCAUCCGGGAUGACGAGAGCCUGAGCCAGAGUCAGAGCCAGGCGAGCACCGCAAUGACUGUGCCUAGUUACAUGGCACCAACAGAGUCGGCUAAGGCCAAGGCGAAGUACCGUAGCUCGUUAAUGAGUAAUCUUGAUUCAUCUUCGGAAAGGAGCUCGGUGACCUCAGUGAGGAAGAGGUUGUCUUUUCCGUCGGCUGUGCCGGUGACAGUGGCGGCGCGGCNCGCGGCGGCAUUCAGUGCCGCCAAGGGUGGAUGUGGGCCCCUUGAGAAGUAAUGAAGGGAAGAGGUAGCUUGAUUAAUUUGAGUUUGUUAGCUUGGCUUUGUUUAGAGUGGUUGUGUUUGAUGUAUUUGUUAUUAGGUUUUUGAUUUUGUGAGUAAUUUUUUUUUGGGUGUUAACAAGUAAAACUGGCAUAUAAACAUCGGAAGUUGGUUGUGUAAGAGUUUUGUGUACUUAUUUUAUGACUGAAUCCUUUAUUCUAAAGUGGAAGAGUUCUGUGUAUUUA